AUGUUUGUGAGUCUAAGAGAGGCUUUUCCUUUACCAACUGUGCCAAUGGAUUUUGCUGGUAGAGCACUUCAGACAGCUCAGCAGACAGAAGACAACCAAACCUCCAGCAGCAGCACUGGUAGUGCUAAGAGAAUUAGCAGUUUUGCCAGCAGUGGAUGUAGUUUCAACAGCAGCAUUGGUAGAAGAGCCAGCUUCAUUUCUAGUAAUAACAGUGGUGGUCAAGUGUCCAGUGCCAAUGGCGACCCAUUACCUAAUGCUGGCACCACUAAAGGCAGUACUAUUAGCAGAACUAGCAGCUUCGGUGCUAAAGGCAGCAGUGCUACCGGGGGCAAAACAAGCAGUGUGGUGAGCAGCACAGUGGAGGGGGUCUUGUCGCUUUCAGAAAAAGAGCUGGAGGAGGAGUCACUCAGUGGUGAAGUCGGGGUCCCUUCUAGCAGUGGCACUAAGAAUCGAUUGGGCAUUGAAAGCGGCUAUUCCUCCCUGGAGAAGACAAGUACUUUUCUUGGGGAUGCACAACCAUACACUGACUCCAGGAGAUCUCAGGUCGCUGAUCAACGGGAGAGUACAUUUCUCGCUCUGGAUGCUGAGCUACCUCCCUCAACCCUCACUUCCUUCUCUACUGCACAAAAUGACCACAAGAGAACUGGCAGUAUACCUCAGGAUUCUUCCCCUAAUGGUGACAUUCCUGAUCUCUCUCAACCCUCUACAUCAUGCAGACUCCGCUCCAAAUCACUGGAACGUAGACCUCUUGAUCCCAACCCUACGCCUGACCUUCUAAAUUUCAAAAAGGGAUGGAUGUCUAGAUUGGGAGAAGAUGGAAAGUGGCAAAAACAUUGGUUUGUUCUUACUGACCAGACUAUGCGAUUCUACCGUGACUCUGUAGCAGAAGAGGCAGCUGAUUUGGAUGGUGAAAUCAACCUGUCUACUUGUUAUGAUGUUACAGAUUACCCUGUACAGAGAAACUAUGGCUUUCAGAUUCAUACAAAGGAUGGGGUCUUCACCCUCUGCGCAAUGACUUAUGGAAUACGACGAAACUGGGUCCAGGGAGUUAUGAAAAAUGUUCAUCCUACUGUUGCCCCAGAUGUUACAUGGAAACAUUCCACUAUUAAAUCCAGUUCAGUUCCUCAAAAUGUGCCAUUGAUUGGUGCACAAGCUUGUGCAAGUUCUUCCAAAUAUAAUGCCCUACCCCAGGAAGAAGAGAAAAGGAGCCACGUCCGAGAGCGCCGUAGAGAGGGCCGUUACAAAACCUUUGAUUGGGCAGAAUUAAGUUGUAAACAGCACAAAGUAAUGGAGCCCAAUUACCUGUCAAGAAGAGAAUGUGACCAUAACUGUGAGCGUUCAGUUCCUCCUGCACCUGCAUCAUCCCCUGAAGAGCCAAUCAAACGUUCUGCCUCUGAGAUAUCAGAGAAGGAAUACUUUCAGAAGAUAAGACACUCUCGGGAGCAAAGCCAGGAGAUCACGUCUGCUGAUAUACCAUCACACUUAUCACUUAUGGGAGUGUCCAGUCUUACCUCCCCUGAAUCAAUUAGCCCAGACAGCUUAGAAGUAGAUGCAGGUGCAGCACACGUUCACUGUGACAGCUCUGGUGAACUGCUGAAAGCUAAACCCAAAGAAAAAAAGCAGAUUGAUCGCGGCACCUCUCCCUUGCCAGUCACUUUCACUUCAUCCUCCACACAGACAGAAUGGCAAUGGGAGGUGGAUCUCCAGAGCCUUCGUAGAGAGCUGAAGGCAGAGUGUGAGAGAAGUCGGACUCAAGAGAGGGACUUAAAACUCUGUGAGGCCAGACUCCAAGCUCAACUUAAUGAUAGCCAGAACUGCCUUUAUAAGGCAGAGUUAAGGAUUCAGGAGUCAGAAAUUAUUCUGAAAGAGCGUGAAGAGGUGCUGGAGAGUCUGCGUGGACAGUUGGAGGAGGUAACGGGCCACAUGAAGGCAACAGAGGAGGCGCAAACCUUAAAAGAAGUCCGGCUGCAGAGGCACCUGCGUCUCCUGCAAGAGAGCCAGGAAAGGGAGAGGAAGAACUUCAGUGACAGCCUUGAGCAGUCAGAACAGCGUUUGAAGGAAUUAGAGGAGCGUCUAUGGCAGAAAGAGGCUGAACUGCACAAAAGGCCAACUGGGGAAAUUACAGAUGACCUUAUACGGAAGUGCCAGGAGCUACAAAACCAGCUGAAGGAGUCUGACAGUGAGGUCGGUUGCUUGCAGGCACGCCUCCAAACAGAGGAGACUCUCUAUUACGACAUGGAGCACGAUUAUGAACGAGCUUGUGAGGAGAUACAUAGUUUGCGAGGUGCUCUGCAGGACUGUGAGAGGGUCUGUGAGGAGCGCUUCCAAACCCAGCUAUGGCAGCAACAGCAAGAUCUAGAAAGGAAGGAGUGCGAACUGCAGGAAGCUCUCGUUAAGAUGGCCGUCCUGGGCAGCAGUCUUGAGGAGAUAGAACAUAGGCUCAAGGAAGCUCAAACCCAUCCUCUAGAAGCUGAUACAUUGACAGAGCCGCAAUGUCUGUUCCAGGUCUUAAACACCAGACAGAAAAUGAAAGGUCAGAAUGGUUUGGAAACGCAGCCCCUUAACCAGGGAGAAGAGUCAGAUCAAGUUAUCUCUGUGAUCCAGGUGUUAGAGCGCAAGUUAUGCAGUACUGAAGAGCGACUCCGGGAGCUAACAGUGCAUCUUCAGCAGCAGCAGCAACAACUUAAAACUGGACCAUACGCACUCAAUGAUUUUGCAAACACUUCCCUCCAGAAUCUGGAUGGCCGACUCUCUUUGGAUGGUCUGCAGAAUUGUACUGGAGCUUUGAUUAGCCUGCAGGGGAAUGCCUUAGACAGAACCCUGACAAAGAACUCUGAUAAAGUUUGCAUUUCUGAAAAUGGAAAUAUUGGAUACCAGGGGGCAGUUGGUAAGAGUCCAGGGAGGUGUCAAGCACUGGACAUGGCCAGCAGAGUGUUGUCAUUGGAAGCACUGAUCAUCCAAAGGAUGGCCUCUGCACUUGAACAACCCAGCACAGAGCUGCUUCAUAGACUGUCAGAGCUUUAUAUCCAGGUGCUUAGGAUGGCUAAAGGAGGCAGUCACAACAGGGCUGUGGAAUCUACCUAUGCUCAAAUCUUCUUGUACCCUCUGGAGCAAGUUCAGGCAGAUAAUACACUGAGUGAAAGUGAGAUCCAAAGGCUGUGUGUAAGAGCAGAAUUAGCAUACCUCAAACACACUCUUCACACACAUUCCUCACUAGAGCAACAGGCUUCAGAACCCUUUUAUGCAUGUCCUUGGCCAGUUUCGGAGAGUUCUUCAUCUAGCACCAAAAUGGAAAAUGGUUCCAAGCAAGGACCUAAUCUUGCUGACAUCAGCCCGCCUGAACUUGCACCCUACUGUGAACAGAUGGAUGAACUUGUAGCCGGUCUCCUCCUUGAGGACUCUGAGAUACAGCUUGUUUGCAGAAAAAACCUAGUGGCAGAGCUCCGUGCCCAGGCCCAGUCACUGCAGGACCUCUCUAUACAGCUUCAGUCUGAUAGAAAGUCUGACCUGCAUGCUGAACUUCCUGAAUCUGUCAUGAAGGUGGCGAUGUACCAGGCUUCUUUGACGUACAUGAUGUGUCGACUGCAUUGUGCUUUACAGCAGGAGAUGAGUGCUCUACACAAGCAAAUAGAGCAGGCAGAGUGCGAGUGCCGGAACAUGUGUUGCAACAUGGAGGUCCUGUUCCAGGAACGGAAAGAGAGCUAUGAGGAGAAGCUGUACAAGGAGCGUGUUAUUAUGGAAAAGGAGGAACAGGGGCAUGUCUCUGCAGAUACCAAUGCCCGAUUGAGGGUUGGAGAAGCAGAAAGAUUGCAGGUGGAGUUUGAAGAGAAGCUCCACGAGCUCCAGAAAAUCCACGAGGAGGAGGUGAAACAUCUUCAUGAAUACUACAUCCAAAACUUGCCAAAAUCAAAAGCUGCAACCCCCUCAGAACUAGAGGAGAUUCACGAUACUGAUCAAGUUUCCGUGACUGCUCUGCAAGACCGAAUUAGAGAGCUCGAGACUGAGGUCACCUUCAUGAGGGAGGAGUUCAGCAAUCAGGAUGACAAGACCUUCCAGCUAGACCUGGAACACAUCAAGGCUACGUAUGAGCAUGGUUUCACCAUUAUGGAGGAGAGCCAUCAGCGAGUGAUUGAGGAGAUGCAGAGGCAGCAUCAGAGAGAGGUCGAAAGACUGACAGAAGAGAGAGAGAGGGUGCUGCAAGAAGAGACGAAUGCCACCAUUGCAGCCAUUGAGGCCAUGAGGAAAGCUCAUAAGGAGGAAAUGGACAAGACUCAGAAAGCCCUGCAAAAUGGAACCAAUGUGGACAUCUGCCAGCUACGUGCACAAUACAAAGAGGAGCUUGAAUCAUUGCACAGGGAGCUGGAGGUGUUGUCAGAGCAGUAUUCUCAGAAAUGCCUGGAGAAUACUCAGUUAAUCCAAACCAUGGAGGCAGAAUGGGAAGCACUGAGCAUUACACAGAGAGAGAACCAGGAGCUUCGCACUCACAACCAGGAGUUAAACGAGUGUCUGGCUGCCGAGUUAUCCCUGAUGCAUUCACGCAUGAAUGGAGAGAUAAGGCGUUCUCAGUUUUCUCAGGAGAAAGACAUGUUUCAGCUGGAGGUAAAUCUGAGAGUAAAGGAAUCUGAGAUUAAGUGUCUGAAACAGGAGAUCAACUCACUUAAAUUGGAGCUGCAGGCAGCAAAUACGCAUUUUAAAAAGCUACACUCUGAGCUGAAUGCUUUAGGAGUCAAAAGUCAAAUUGAUUUUACAAAAUUGAUGAUGGAGCCAGCCAGAAAGCAGGAUUUAAGAUAUGAUUUGUUGAAAUCAAGGAGUAACCCAGACUUCCUUAAGGAUCAUUCUACACUCUCACAACCUGUCAGAUCCGAGAGUCUUGAGGAUGGACUCACUGUUCAGGAGAGGAUGAAGCUCUUUGAAUUAACUGAGAUGCAUAAGACUUGAGUGUGUAAGGAUGUGUGUGUGAGUGAGAGAGAGACAUUUCAUUUUUGUGUUUAGUGUGGGUUUAAUUUUUUAAUUGUAUAUCUUUAUAACACAAUUCUAUUUAUAUCUCUGGUCACAGGUGUGUGUAUGUAUGUUUGUAAGUCAGUCAUUUUAAUUGUUCUGUUAUGUUAUCUACAUUAGAUGCGUCCACAAUAGAAAUUAUUUGAUGAGAGGAUGUCUCUCUGAAAUCUUUAGCAGUUUGUUUAUAAUUGUGUAUAUUUAUGCCUCAGUUUGAAAUUGAGCAUCAAUUUAAUUCGCUUCAUCUUUGUUUAUGAAUAAAGUCAAGCUUU